AUGAUUUUUAUUUUACUUGUACAAAUUACUUAGUCUUUGAGCAUCUAUGAAUUUUUGAAUCUCACUCCCUUUUAAAUUCAAGAAUUGAAGUUAGAAACACUCUAGGAGUACUUUACGUCAGGUUCAAUAUCAGGAUAUGUGGGGUUGAGUGAAUAUUCUGAAUUAAUUGAAAAAUUGGCAAAUUCAUUUCCAAAUUAAGUGACAUUGCAAUCGUUUGGGAAUACUUAUCAAGGAACCUAAAUAAAGACAAUCAAAAUCUCAGCAACCAAAUCUCCCAAGUAUCAAAUAACAAUCAUCGGCAUGUUACGUGGCACUACUGAUUUAAUCUCAGUAAACUAUCUCCUUUAUCAAUUGUACUAUAUAACCAUCCAUUUAUCCAACAAAAAUCCAUUUAUGAUGACUCUACUAUCAGACAAGCAAUUGUGGAUCACUCCCUUGAUAAAUGCAGACGGACAUCAAUAUAUAACAACCUAAUUUAUUUAAACUUAAACCAUACCUCUCAUAUUUAAAAAUAGAAAUCCGUCCAAUUCCAACCAAUGUUCAUAAACUGAAUAAGGCGUGGAUCUUUCAAGGAACUUUCAAUACAAAUUUGGAAUCAAUGAGAUCGGAUCAUCCUCAAACAGAUGCAGUCAAAUCUUCAGAGGGAUAAGUGCCUUUUCUGAGGCUGAGACCUUGACAAUUGAUAAAUUAAUUUAAUAAAUAAGACCAAAUAUCAUAAUGGUCAUGGGAGGUGAUUUAGAUAAGUUGGUUAUUCCAGAUUCCAAUUCAUCAACUUAUUACGAAUUGCUUUACUAACUAUCUAAAUAAUAUAAGCUCAACAUGGGAGAUUACUAAAAGCUCUAUUAGGUUGAAAUUAAUGGGGAUUUAUGUUAAAAUUACAUAUAUCAAAUCAACAAAAUAUGCUUCACUAUUAAUAUUGGAUAAUACGCUUUAAGUCAGACAAUCCUGAACUUCCAGAAUCUUUUACUGGAUUUUCUCACACAUUACAGUCCUUCUCUUCAAAUACAGUUGGAGAAGGUAUUUGAUUGUAAACACGGGAAGAUGCUAUGUAAUCAACUUGAAUCCAACGAGAAAGGCUGUGUCAUAAUCAUCUCUGUUUAAAAUGUAGGUUAUAAUCAAUUUAAUGACAACAUUGUGAUGGACAUAACUCUGAAUUAAGGCGGUGAAAAACUGUAUCAGAUUGAUUCCUAUGCUAUUGUCUAGAGCAUCAAGAAUAUAAGUGAUACAAAAUUAGAGAAUGGCAUUGCGAUUGAUGAAAUCUCCACAGAUCGAGUCUACAGAUAUCAAAUAGUGAACAACAAAAAAUUAAGUCAAAACCAAACUGUCUACUUUGUUUUCUUAAUCACUCAAUACGGAUUCUCUUACAACUAUAUUAAUACUGUUGAAUCCAUCAAUUUAACUUUCACUCUCCAAAACACUUUACUUAAUUCCUAGGUGUUUAAGACUCUGACACCCUCAGAUUUGGUGGCCAAAAAGUCUAAUGAAUAACUUCAAUAGAUAUUUCCUAAUCGACCUGAAUCCUAUGUUUUGUUGAUAUGUUUUGGAGCUAUUUCAGUCAUCUUCUUUUUCUCCUGGAUUAUUCGAAAGAUUUAUCUCUGGAUUUAUGAUCCUCAUCAAUUUAUUGAAGAAAACAAAUCUAAAAGUGGAGGAUCAUCUGAUGAGAAGAAUCUAGAUCAAUAUCAUUCUCAUAAUCUAGUGGAGAGUAGAUUAAAUACCUAAGUCAAAUUCUCUUAAAUUGUUCCAUUCUAAUCAAUAAGGUAGAAUGAUUCCCCUCCUUUGAGUAAACCAAAUGGCCAAUCAACUUAAUAUGAAACUAAAGGAACUAAUGGGAGUCAAUUGUUGCCUCAUCUAAAUCCAAUUGAAAUUGAAAAUAGAGUACACAAAGCCUUGGAAAUAGUGUAAUCAUAGGAGGAUUUGGAUAAAUAGGAAUUAGAGUAAGAGUAAGAAUAACAACAGAAUCAGUAUAAUUACAACGUAAACUCAUAACAAUAAGAACAUAAUUUACAUCAAAUAGAAGAAGUACUUGUCAAUAAUCCAAACAUUUAAAAUUGUAAUUAAAAUGACGAUUAAUUAGUUAAAUUCGAGGAUUGA